UACCGACAUGGAGGACAUGCUGGCGAGCUCGGUCGCUCGCUGCGGGCUCUACUCCUCCCCGAUUCUCCACCAAGGGCAGGCGAUGCAGCCAAAGCUUGCUCUGAAGAGUCUGCCGGGAUUGGGAGCCUUUGCUUCUCCUCCUCUCUUUGCGAGCAGGGGAUCAGGCUCUGCUUUCUCACUUCCGAUGGUUAACGGAGGAGAGCAACAGAGGCUAGCGGGAUGGACGGGGAUGGGCUCAGCGUCGCCAGGACGGGGAUCAUUGAGGGAAGAAUUGCAGGCGAUGAGGACGCGACAAGGUUUGGUGUGAGGUUUCAUGUUACAUAGAAGAGACAAUCAUGAACAGGGGGAGGUAGAGUUGAAAUGUAGUAAGGGCGAUCUUCAUGAAAUGGCGGUUUAUUUA